GCUGAUACACACUGCCCAUGCGCGAUUCGCCAUGUUGAUAUCCGCAACAGCAGCCAAACAGCGGAGGCGGCUGGUCAAGAGGCUGUGAUCUGAAUGUUUUCUCCAUUACGUUUAUAUUGCUCAUCGUUUUCAAGUUUAAUAACAGCGGUUACCGAAGCACCGUUAAACUGUGAUUUCUGCUACUUUGCCGGUGUGUACUGGAACUCGGAAAUAACAAAACACCUAAAAACAGCAACAAAUCCAGCGUAGGCCCCGUGUUAGAGAGAAGACAGCUGGAGUUAUUAACCGGCAAGGAAACUCGGAAAAAAAGUUUCUGUUGUUUUUGUUCUCCUAACAGCAGCAGGGCCGGAUCAGAGGAAGUCAUUUAAAGAAAUCUGCUAGUUUUUCAUUAACUUGUGUUGAAGACCUGCUUGCCUUCAGUAGCAUCUAUCAGAGGUGGAAAAUAUACAAAUUGGUGUAACUGCUCUCAAGUGUCUGUGUUUACCAGCUCUGGAUUUGUGAAAUCCCUGUAGUCCAUCGUGACACUUUCUUUUUGGUGCCUUUGUGCACCCCCUACUUCUGCCCCUCGCCCUUCAUUAUAGACACAAAGACUGAAGUGUUGAAGGUGGCGAGGGGGUAGAGGCCAAUAAUGUCUAUCACCAACACACCAACAAGCAAUGAUGCUUGUCUAAGUAUUGUUCAUAGUUUGAUGUGCCACAGGCAAGGUGGAGAGAGUGAAACUUUUGCAAAAAGAGCAAUUGAAAGCCUAGUGAAGAAGCUUAAGGAGAAGAAGGAUGAAUUGGACUCUCUUAUAACAGCCAUCACCACUAAUGGAGCUCAUCCCAGCAAGUGUGUUACUAUCCAAAGAACUCUUGAUGGAAGAUUACAGGUUGCUGGACGGAAAGGAUUUCCUCAUGUUAUCUAUGCUCGACUUUGGAGGUGGCCAGAUCUUCACAAAAAUGAACUGAAGCAUGUCAAAUACUGUCAAUAUGCCUUUGACCUAAAGUGCGACAGUGUGUGUGUGAACCCCUAUCACUAUGAACGGGUUGUGUCUCCAGGCAUUGACUUAUCUGGCUUGACUUUGCAGAGCAAUGCUCCUUCAGGCCUUCUAGUCAAGGAUGAGUAUCAUGAUUAUGUGGAGGGACAGCAGUCUUUCUCCAGUGUGGAAGGGCAUUCAAUCCAAACCAUUCAACAUCCUGCUAGCAGCCGAUCAGUUAAUGAAUCUUACACAAUGCCAUCUAUUUUAAAUAAUCCUGAAUCUAGUAGUUCAACUUCAACUAGCUUUCCCAGCAUUCCUGUGGCCUCUUCAAGCCAGCCGAACACCAUUUUACCAGGAAGUCACACUGAUAACCUCCUUCCGAUAACUUCAGGAACUCCACAGGGGUCUCAGCAGAAUGGUUUCCAGGUUCACUCUACUAUCUAUCAUCAUAGUUCAAACUCUUCAUGGUCAGGAAGCAGGAUGGUCGCGCAUACUCCCAACUUGCCUCAUCACCAAAAUGGGCAUGUGCAACAUCAUCCUCCUAUUCCUCAUCUUGGGCAUUACUGGCAAGUACACAAUGAUCUUGCAUUCCAGCCUCCAAUAUCAAAUCAUCCAGCUCCUGAAUACUGGUGCUCCAUUGCCUACUUUGAGAUGGAUGUUCAGGUAGGAGAGACUUUCAAAGUUCCUUCAACCUGCCCUGUGGUCACAGUGGAUGGAUAUGUGGAUCCUUCAGGUGGUGACCGCUUUUGUCUUGGACAGCUCUCCAAUGUACACAGGACAGAAGCAAUUGAGAGAGCCAGGUUACACAUUGGUAAAGGUGUUCAGUUGGAGUGCAAAGGGGAAGGAGAUGUUUGGGUUAAAUGCCUUAGCGACCAUGCUGUUUUUGUUCAGAGCUACUACCUGGACAGGGAAGCAGGCCGUGCACCUGGAGAUGCUGUUCACAAGAUUUAUCCAAGUGCAUAUAUCAAGGUGUUUGACCUGCGUCAGUGUCAUCGCCAGAUGCAACAGCAAGCUGCCACAGCUCAGGCUGCAGCUGCUGCGCAGGCAGCAGCAGUGGCAGGUAACAUCCCUGGGCCAGGCUCUGUUGGCGGAAUUGCACCAGCAAUCAGUUUGUCAGCUGCAGCCGGUAUUGGAGUAGAUGAUCUUCGAAGGCUUUGUAUUUUACGGAUGAGCUUUGUGAAGGGUUGGGGACCUGACUACCCUCGACAGAGCAUCAAGGAAACCCCUUGUUGGAUUGAAAUCCACUUACACCGAGCUCUGCAGCUCCUCGAUGAGGUCCUGCAUACUAUGCCUAUUGCAGACCCUCAGCCUCUGGACUGAAGGGGGUGCAGAUGAUCUCUGCUUUGUGGACUUUCACAUUCAUUUUGUUUAAAAAUUUGAAUUUAAUCUUUCUUUCCUCCCUGUGUAUUUUUAGAACAAGCGAAAGCUGCAGUUGAAAUCUAAGGAACAGUAUUUAAGGCUAUUGUUUUGUAGUAGGGCCUUAAAAAGUUUUGUUGUCCUGUGAAUGCAGGUGAGGGCUUUGUGAUUGCCAAGAACCUUAUUAAAUGAGGUAGGCCUCGCCAGCCAUUACUCCAAAACCCACCAGCCCAAGGAAAGUGAAUUUUUAUCUCUCAGACGAGCCUGGUAGUGCUUAGUAUCUUAAUAGAAUGCAAUGCGAUGCUGGUUGGAAUAGCUAAAGGAACAUACUAAGGACACAAAACACCAUCCCAGUAUGGUGUAUUCAGCUCUGUUACUUUCUUUUUCAUUAUCAUAACGGAUAUUUUAGCAUUUUAAUUGAUUUGUUUUAUAACUUGUUUACACAGAGCUAAUACGGUUGUUGGACAUUUUGAAUUCAUAAACAACAUUUGUAAUUGUGUGCAUCUUUUCCACCGUAAGCUACAGUUGAACAAUAAAUGCCCUUAUUCUGUAGAACUUGUUUUGGACACAUUAGACAGGGUGGGAAAACAGAAUUCAGAACCAGUGACAAUAUUAUGUACUUUCCAGUAAAGGGAUUUCUCAUUCUGUUUUAAACACUAAAAUACAAGAUCUGAACCUCCUAUUCUGCUUGCACUUUCCAGUAUUUUUUUUUCUUUUGUUUCCUUUUUAUUUAAUCAUGUAGCAGAUAAAUUUUAACCAAUAGGUCUCCCUAAUUGCACAUUUUGGGAGGUUAUUGAUAGGUGCACAUUAAAGUAGAUGUAUUUCAUUGUUUGAAAAUAAUUUUAGAUCUGUUCUUUUUAUUGCAUGUGAAUGUUAAGAGUGUAUUGAGGAAAUUCAGGUGAUUUUUAAAAGAUUUCCCUGUAGAGAAAUGAACAUAUCCCAAAAUAGUAUCUCUUGUUUAUUUAACAGACGUACCCGUCUUGAAACGGAAUGGGAUCUCGGUGAGAGGACAUGAAAAUGACAGUGCUCUAAAAGUCCACGGUCUUUCAAUAAUCAAUGUAAAUGCAUAUCGUCUUUUUUUUUUUUAAAUUCACUUCAAUGUUUUCUUGCAUCAUUAGAUCUGAGGACUAUGCAGAUUUCACAAAAAGUGUUACUUUUUAAUUUGCGCAUUUAAUUUCCCAGGGAGGCCACACAGUUUUUUGAGAUGCCAUGAUGGCUACAGCUGCAUCUGUACCUGAUAUAAAUGUCUAAAUUAUUUAUUAAUCAUAUUAAAGAAUAGAGCACAGCAUUUAUUUGCUAGAUUACUAGGAGUCUGGACACAGUACUUGCACUGUAGAUAUUUUAUAUUAACAGGUGAAAAGGAGCAGUGCUUAUGAGAUGUCUGUGGUAGAAUAGAAAUGCCAUUCCUGCCCCCUACUCCCCGAUAUGCCCUUAAUCUCUUCUGAUUUUUGUUUUUUUUUCUUUU